GAAAUACACUGCUUAAAACGUGCCUUUAACAGUGUUCUCUGACUUUCAGCGAAUACUUUGUAUUCUCCAGUAGUUAUCCAUUGAGCGUUUCUUCUUUCUCAGACCUGGCAUCCAGAUCACGGAUUGUACUUUAUAAUCUGAAACAUUAGAAUGAAAGAAACAUGACACCUUUUUGUAUUGCGAUCAGACAGUUUGGCAGAUCUCUCGCCUACAGAAUGCUGCUAAAUGUAAGAUCCUUGUACCGGCAGAACCCUAAUUAUAAGGGGAGGUGCAGUAGUGGGCGCAACAUCAAUCCGUCCGACUCUUUACAACCCUGUGACGUGAUAUUGUCAUCAGCAGCAGCAGUUCCACAAGCUACAACAAAUAGAGGGGAGGACACAGCGUGGUUAUCCGCUCUGCCCUUACUGUCUGCUUCUAGCUGGGUGACAGCAGCAGCUUCUGCUCCAGCUCCUCCGCUGGCGGUAGCACCUGCUCCCUCUGCUGCUGGGAAGUAUCUUCCUGCAGGUCCUACAGCUUCCUCCCUAGAGACAUCUCAGCUGCAUUUUAGGAGACUUUCAGAGCGUUAUCUGCUAUCAAAGCCUCCAGCUGUGAGCCGAUUCCUGCUGCCAAUACCUAUCUGAUCCGCCCUCUUUUCCAGGUUCAUCAUGAAUGAAAAAAUGGACUCAAAUGUGUCUAUGAUAUGGACUCCUAAGAAAGCCAUCAAUAGGACACAAACUAAUAUGGAGCCAAACAUAACAUAUAUAGAUUUUUAUCUUCAUCGACCCUCGGUGGCAGCAGUGUUCAUCAUUUCUUAUCUUCUCAUCUUUCUAUUAUGUAUGCUUGGCAAUGGAGUGGUGUGCUUCAUUGUUCUCAGCAGCAAACAUAUGAGAACAGUCACCAAUCUCUUCAUCUUGAACCUAGCUGUGAGUGAUUUACUAGUUGGGAUUUUCUGCAUGCCUACAACACUACUGGAUAAUAUAAUUGCAGGUUGGCCUUUUGGAAAUACAAUAUGUAAAAUGAGUGGUAUGAUUCAAGGAAUUUCUGUAUCUGCCUCUGUUUUCACAUUGGUGGCAAUAGCUGUUGACAGGUUUCGCUGCAUUGUUUAUCCAUUCAAGCAGAAACUGACCAUAUCCACAGCCGUUGUUAUCAUCGCAGUGAUCUGGGUUCUGGCUAUUGCUAUCAUGUGUCCAUCUGCAGUUAUGUCUCAUGUUAAAGAAGAUAAACACUUUCGGGUAGUUCUUGGCAGAAGCAAUCAAACUAAUCCGAUUUAUUGGUGUCGGGAGGAUUGGCCUAAUCCGCAGAUGAGAAAAAUAUACACAACAGUUCUGUUUUCCAACAUCUACCUGGCUCCCCUCUCUCUAAUUGUCAUUAUGUAUGCCAGGAUAGGCAUUACCCUAUUUAAGAGUGAACUGAAUGUGGAAAGUAAAAAUCACCAACAGCAAAGACAUGCCGUUUCCAGAAGGAAGCAAAAAGUUAUCAAAAUGCUCAUUAUCAUUGCUUUGCUUUUUAUCUUGUCUUGGUUGCCUUUGUGGACAUUGAUGAUGCUUUCUGACUAUGCCAAUUUGACCGAAAACCAAUACCAAGUGAUUAAUAUUUAUAUUUACCCAUUAGCACACUGGUUGGCAUUUUUUAAUAGCAGUAUCAACCCCAUAAUUUAUGGCUUCUUCAAUGAGAAUUUCCGUCGAGGUUUCCAAGCUGCUUUUAAACUCCAGCUGUGUUCAGAGGAAAUGGAGAGAAGAACCGUGUAUUCUCAUCGAGCACAAGGCAAUGCCAUUUUACCAGCUACAUCCCAAGACCCUGGACGCCAGGAAUCAGCAUUUAACAAACAGAGUAGCAAUGAUAAUGAGUCUGAGAAACGAAAGCCACUAACAAGUGACCAUGACUUAAUAAUGGAAGACUUGGAAAAAAUGUCAAACAACAAUGGGAUUCAGAGAGACAUGGUUUGAUAAACUUAGAUGAACUUAGAUGAAUACCUUCCGAAUAAAAAGCAUGUGUUGCUUUUGCAAAAUACCAUAUUAAAUAUGUAUUUAUCAUGACUCAACAAGACAUGCACACAAACUUUCAUGUUUAUGCCGAUCAUUGCUAUGUUUUUAUAUAAAUCUUUGUGCAGCAACCACAUUGAUGGCCUGUAUAUAAUGUCCGUUUUAUGUGUGCAACACAACUUCUAAAGCAAAUGUAAAU